UCCUGUGCCGCCAGAAACAAGAUCGGCACAAUUAUGUAUCUCAUAGUUGAAUUUCAAUCGAAUGAAAUUGCCCUGGUUCCAAAGGAAUGGAUGGUGGCUUCGGGAAGAGAAGUACGGUAUCCUCCGUACAAAACCGACUUAAGGAUAAGAAAAGCUGCACGGAGCAGAGAGCCGCCAUCAGAAAACUGGACUUACGAGCAAGUUAAAAAGAUCUUGUACCAAGAUGAGGACUAUGAAAAGGUGAGCCUUCGAAUGAAAAAGGCAGAAGAGACCUCUGACCUGGCCACCUCUGAUGAAGAAAGAAGCAAAAGAAAGAGAAAGCCAGCGAAAAAAUUGUAUGAAUCUGACUCUGAUUCUGACUUGUCAGAUGACAAUGAAGGACCAAAGAGGAAGCCAGCCUCAUCAUCCGCACUGACUUCUGACAGUCCAGGAUCGCAGUCACUGUUUGCUGCUACAAGAUGUACCUACACUCCACCACCAUUACCAUCACUGCGUAUGUCUGCUGUUUCCUCGCCAUCAGUUUCCCACAGGCCACCACAAGCAACACCCAGUCCUGUAGCAGGAGGCUGUUCUAGUACACCAGUUCGUCCAGUGCAGGCCCCACUGGCACAUUCCAUUGGAACAGGUGCGGUCACACAGAUUUUGACAAUCUUGGAGGAAAUGCGGGAAGAGCAAAGGGGGAUUAAGAGACUUCUUAAUCAGUUGGUGUUGCAAGGAGGCCCGGUCCCAGACAACAUGAAUGCUCUUCCGGAGGGAAUUUCCUUCCCAGUGUCAUCCCUGGAAGCAAUGGAAGCCUUGGAGGAGCUACUUCAGGACGCCAACAAUGCAACAGCUGUGGCGAGAUACAUGUAUACCAUUGGUGGGGUAGAUAUAAGAGAGAUGGUUGACAGAUUUAUGAAGGAGACGCUCACCAACAAUGUUGCAAAAAUGUACAACAUGAAGGGGUUGAAGGGCAAACAGAAGUUCGGAGACUUGUCACUGCUGAAAAUCCUGUUCCGAUGUGUCCAGAGGAACCCAGCCACCCAUCAAUCGACAUUGAAGGACGUUGAACUGGAAGUUUCCAAAUGGUUGACAGGUUCAAGAGACCGUGAUGGGGGGAGGACAAACCGGAGAAAGAGACCAACGCAAGGAAAUUCUUCAGACAAUGCUGAGGAAAACUGAAAUUGUUUUUGAACUUUAUAAAAGCAUGCCUCAAAACAUUUUGUUUGUAGGGACCUCGUGUUUGAAAUGUGAGUUCAACCAGUUGCUAGUAUGUAUGUUGCACCAACACUGUUUAUAGGUCGUAUGGGGCCGAACAGGACUGCAAAUGUUGGAAUUAAAAAUUCCAGUCCUGUUUGGGGCCAUUUGACCUAUAAACAGUGUUAGUGCUACAUAAAACCCAACCAAAUUCUUGUAAAGUUUUACAUAGCGACUGGUUGUACUCACAGUAGGUUUUUCUUAUUAAUUAGUAUAAAACUUACAAUGUCAAGGCAAUUUUUGAAAUAUUCAAUUAGAUAUUUUUGUAGUUAUUGAUGUAAAUUGGCACCUCCACAAUUUCAUUUCUUAUUAACACAUGUUACUCCACCAUCUGUACCAAAACAAUAAGUUUUGGAAGCAUUUAAACAGUGCUUUUGAUAUGCAUGUUGCAAAAAUCUGGCCAAGCAGAGGUGUGCAAAUAAACAAACUCGCAUUAUUUCUUUUCAUAAAUGUGACUUUAUUGUUUGGUCCGUCCUUAUUUGUAUUUGCUGCCAUCACGAGAUUCGUUGCUCUUUAUAUUUUUUUUAAUCCUUUAAUUGUUAGAAUGUUUCUGUAUUAUCAGGGCUCUCACUGGGUCAAAAAAAGUUUUAGCCAAUUGACUCGCGCUGAAAAUCACGGGGUUGCUAGAAAUACCAUAGUCAUCAGCUUCCCAACCUGAUAACCCCCAAAAAUAGUACAAUUCUUCAAGUUAUGAUUUUUUGAAUAUAUACUAGAGGCAAUAUUUAAGAUUUCAUGUUUUUAUUUGUUUUCACAAAAGCUAUUUAUUUCAUCAUAAUAAAUAAUACAGCUCUAAUUUAUUCUUAAAGACGACCAUUCAAAAUCAUGUGUGAUAUAUAUAUUUAAAUAUGAAAAUUACAACAUUUGUAUCUACAAAAUCAGUUUCAUAAGUAUGUACUGACAGAGUCAUUUAAACUUAAUAAUUAAUAUAAUAUUUCAAAUCUUGCAGACUCAACUUAAUCUUAAACAAGGAACAAUCCAUGAUGUCUGAUCAUAUCACUGUGUAUACAGUAAGCAUCAUUUUGACCCCCUAAUUACACAGGUUUAAACAAAUCUACAUAUUGAUUUAUAGCCCCAAUUUUAAACAUGCUGUAACUAGACAUUCAUUUACUUGAAUUAGUAGAAACUGGUUAAGAUAUAUAGAUUUUAAAAUUAAUUUAUUUUUAUAUGGAAAGUCAUACAUUUUAGACACUUUAGCCAAUUCCAUCAUUUUUUGUAGCCAAUUUUUAGUCUUUGUAGCCAAUGGAGCCAUUGGCGAAUGGCAGUGGGAGCCCUGAUUAUCUAGCCAAUCAUUUAUUUGUUACCAUUUAUUUGUUAGAGAAUUUUUCUGUAUUAUCUAGUCAAUUAUUUAUUUGUUAAAAUCUGUAUAAUCUAGUCUACGUAGUUUUUCAAGCUCACAUUGAGCAUCCAUCGGUUCUAUCGACAUUUUGUUGUUGAUCAUGUACGUUUCUGUAUUCUUUCAUCCAACAUGCGAUCUGGAAUUCUACAUCUUGUGUCCACAUAAACUGAUUCAAAAUUUGGCUAUUGUAAAUAUUUGUCCAUUGUUUUUGUUUUGUUGCUUUUUGCAAACAAUGAUGAGCUGUUUUAUUUUAUUUACUCCUGCAUUGUUUGAUAAAGAAUAUCUUAUACCAAUUGUAUACACCCAAAAAGGGACCUUGUGGGUGGAUUUAUGACAUACCUGUUUCUUAAAAUCAUAUAAGAAUAGUGCCUGUUCUGUGGUUAAAACAUUUACUUUCAACAACUUCAACCAUUAUGACAGAGAAUUACAAAAAACAUCCUAUAUAUGAAGGCAAUGUAGAAAAUACAAUGACGUCAAAAUGACAACAAACUUAGCGAGUUCAUUUAUCGCAAUGGCGUUCAUCCAUAAGGUCCCCUUUUGCGUGGUGAAACACAUUUUCAUUUUUCUGUUUUUUAAUACCUUUUAACUUUGUUAAUGCAUUUUUACAUGUUUUUUAUGCAGUCGUAUACCUAAUCUAGUCAGAUAAUUUGAAUAAAUUGGCAGGGAUUGAAACCUUU